UCUCCCCCCACCCCCCACACUCUCUCUCUCUAGAAAAACUAUUUCCUUCUCAUCCCUUCCCUCGUUCUGAUCUCUUCCGCUCACUUUCUCUUUAUUUUCCUUCCGUUGAAACCCCUCUCUCUCUCUCUCUCUCUCUGUAACCUCCUCCGCUUAUAUCGGUACUUGACGUUUUCAGCGUUUUCCGGCAGCAGUCUCGUCGGAGUUCUUACGUGUUGGUGGGCAUGUUAAUACCAUAACAAGUGGGACUUACAAUUCAACCACAGUUUUCUAUAAGUUAUAAGCAUCUGUAUUGAUUAAAUACAAGAAGUUUAUUUACAAGACAUGGCGUCAAUAUCUUCUGCAAACCUUUUGGACUUUUCUUCUGAAGAGAUUUUAGAUAUUCUGCAAACUCCUAGAGUUCUUCCUCGGCUGAUGACUGUUCCUGGAAUCAUCUCUGAUGGAAGCAAUGAUGGUGAUUCAGAUGGUACUUCAUCCAUUUGUCGAGAUCGUAAAAUUGUUGUUUCUAAUAUGCUUCCUUUGCAUGCUCAAAGGGAUAAAGGAACUUCAAAAUGGUGCUUUAGUUUGGACAAGGACUCACUUCUUUUACAAUUGAAGGAUGGGUUUUCUCCUGAAACCGAGGUCAUCUACGUGGGUUGCCUCAAGGCUGAUAUAGAACCCAGUGAACAAGAGGAAGUUGCACAGAGACUGCUGGACGACUUCAAGUGUGUGCCUACUUUUCUACCCCCAGACAUCCAGAAAAAAUUUUAUUAUGGUUUCUGUAAGCAAUAUCUGUGGCCUCUUUUCCACUACAUGCUACCAAUGUGCCCAGACCACGGGGAUAGAUAUGAUCGUCAACUGUGGCAGGCUUAUGUAUCUGCUAACAAAUUAUUUGCUGACAAGGUAAUGGAAGUGGUGAAUCCUGAGGAUGACUACAUCUGGGUUCAUGAUUAUCACCUCAUGGUUCUCCCUACUUUUCUGAGGAAGCGAUACCACCGUGUCAAACUUGGGUUCUUUCUCCAUAGCCCAUUUCCUUCUUCGGAAAUAUACCGGACUUUGCCAGUCCGGGAUGAAAUUCUAAAAGGAUUGCUGAACUGUGAUCUGAUUGGGUUUCAUACUUUUGAUUAUGCACGCCAUUUUCUGUCAUGCUGCAGUAGGAUGUUAGGCCUGGACUAUGAAUCUAAACGUGGACAUAUUGGACUUGAUUACUUUGGCCGUACCGUUUAUAUAAAAAUUUUGCCUGUAGGUAUUCAUAUGGGCAGACUGGAGUCUGUGUUGAAUCAGCCCUCUACAUUUGAUAAGGUCAAAGAAAUUCAAGAACAAUUUAAGGGGAAAAAGGUUAUUCUUGGUGUUGAUGAUAUGGACAUAUUUAAAGGUAUCAGUCUGAAAUUGCUAGCUUUUGAACACCUAUUGCAACAGCAUCAGGACUUGCGAGGGAAGGUUGUUCUUGUCCAAAUAGUGAAUCCUGCUCGGAGUUCUGGGAAAGAUGUUCAGGAAGCAAAAAGGGAAACAUAUUCGACUGCUAAAAGAAUCAAUGAACUUUAUGGUCACCCUAGCUAUGAGCCUGUGAUUUUGAUUGAUUAUCCUGCUGCUCGCUAUGAGAAGACUGCUUAUUAUGCUGUGGCAGAAUGUUGCAUAGUCAAUGCAGUCAGGGAUGGGAUGAAUUUGGUACCUUACAAGUACAUCGUCUGUAGGCAGGGCUCUCCUGGUAUGGAUGAGGCAAUGGGUAUAAAGGCUGAUUCUCCUCGAACUAGCAUGCUUGUUGUCUCCGAGUUCAUUGGUUGUUCACCAUCUCUGAGUGGAGCAAUUAGAGUGAAUCCAUGGGACAUUGAAGCUGUAGCCGAGGCUCUAAAUGUGGCCAUUACCAUGUCUGAUUCUGAAAAGCAAUUGAGGCAUGAAAAACACUACCGCUAUGUUAGCUCUCAUGAUGUUGCUUAUUGGGCUCGCAGCUUUAUGCAGGAUUUGGAGAGAGCAUGCAAGGAUCAUUAUAGUAAGCGAUGCUGGGGCAUUGGGUUGGGCCUUGGUUUCAGAGUUAUUUCACUUUCUCCAAGUUUUAGAAAGUUAUCCAAUGAUCACAUUGUGUCAUCAUACAAAAGGACAAACAGAAGGGCAAUAUUCUUGGACUAUGAUGGUACCAUUGUACCUCAAUCAUCUAUAGUUAAAUCUCCUAGUGCUGAAGUCAUUCAUUUCUUGAAUGCUCUCUCCAAUGAUCCCAAGAAUACAGUCUUUAUUGUUAGCGGCCGAGGUAGAAGUUCCUUGUGUGAAUGGCUUGAACCAUGCGAGAGGCUUGGGCUGGCUGCUGAACAUGGUUAUUUCAUAAGGUGGAAUAAAAGCUCAGAUUGGGAAUGCAUGAAUGCUGAUACUGAGUGGAAAGAAAUUGUUGAACCUGUAAUGAAACAAUACACUGAUGCAACUGAUGGCUCCUCAAUAGAAACUAAAGAGAGUGCCUUGGUUUGGCACCACCAGGAUGCAGACCCCGACUUUGGCUCCUGCCAGGCAAAGGAAUUGCUUGAUCACUUGGAAAAUGUUCUUGCAAAUGAACCUGCAGUUGUGAAGAGAGGCCAGCAAAUUGUUGAAGUCAAGCCACAAGGAGUGACCAAAGGGUUGGCUGCAGAGAAGGUUCUUUUAAUGAUGGUUAAUGGGGGGAGGCCACCAGAUUUUGUGAUGUGUAUUGGAGAUGAUAGAUCGGAUGAAGACAUGUUUGAGGGCAUUAUAAAUAUGGUUUCUGGUUUGUCCAUUUCUACAGCCCCAGAAAUGUUUGCAUGCACCGUUGGUCGAAAACCGAGCAGAGCAAGAUAUUACCUCGAUGAUACUGCUGAUGUUGUGAGGUUGCUUCAAGGCCUAGCCACUGCUUCAAAUCCAAAGCCAAGACAGAUUGCCGAAUUCCAAGUUGCUUUCGAUACAGUAAUAUGACAGUGCAAAUAGGGUUUUGUGCCACCUGCACAUUGUUCUGUAUUCAGUGUUCUCUCCCUUCUGAUCAAUGAGGUAUAAGUUCCAUAAUCAAGUUAACAUGAAUUUGGUAAACUGCUUGACUCAAGCAUAUACUCUGCUAGUCUGCUUUCCAAGUCAUGCUGUUGGUGGGUUACAAUUAGGUCUGUUCAAAAGCCAUUUGACCAUUUUACUUAAAUUUUUUUAUUUUUGAUUUUCCUUUUUUUGGGGGGUACAGUUUUCCGCAGCCAUUCCAAACAGCUGCGUUGAAUGAUCAAGAAGCGCGAUUGGCUUGUAUAGGUACUAUUAACUUUCUAAGUAUAAUGUAAGUUUGGUUUUUCACCUUGCGGGACUUAUUUAUUCUAACUUUAGAGCAGCAGGCUAAUUUAGCCAUAGAUUAUGUUCAGGAAAAGAGUGAUGCAAUGAAGGGGUUUGGUCAAAGUUUAUAGUACAGGUCUUGAGUCCAAAAUUGUGUGGUGGACAUGGCAGGGUGGGGGCGGGGGGGGGGGGGGGGUUGGCUUUUCAAGGGUGAGAUUCUGCUAAAUGAGUACUCUGGCUUGAAAGCUUUUAAGUGCUUCAAUAUUUGCAAUUUUUGUAUACCCAUGUGAAUAUUGACGGAGUAUAAUUAUGUUAUGUGAACAUUGUAUUAAACCUUGUGAGUUGUGAAUGCCAGAGCAGCUUCAGAUUUUUUUUUUU